AGAAACCGGUAAAAAUAAAAAUGGUCUGGUAACAAGCAAAGUUUACUCAUAAAAGUUGCAUAUGUGCAAGGGUUUAAAUGUUUCAAAUGUUGCAUAGUUGUCAUUCGGUUUUAACCAUUUUAACGGCCGGUGAAGAUGGGGAAAAUACGCAAUAAUGUUCUGGUCAUUGCUGUCUCAAUGGUGUUAGUCGCAGCAGAGGAUGGUUAUAUUGGAAAGUGGCGUAAUAAGCAUUGUGCCAAGGCUCCAAUGGAUCCUCCUUGCCCACAGCUCACAGAAGGCCAACAAUGUGGAAUAUGCAUUGUCAGACGUAAGAAACGUAAGAUGGAUGGCAACUGCCUAGGUGACCUCCACUGUUCAUGCUCGGAUAUGGUUAGUGGGCCAGUAGCUGGUAAAAAUGGUCGAAAAAGAACAGCCCACUGCGCGAAUUAUGCAUAUGCAGAACAUGACAUUCAACAUGCAUUACCAUCACCGACAUCAUACACCACCAUUUCAGCCACCAUAUUCAGCAUGCAUGAUGCAUGAUUCUGCGGAAAAUACCACAUGUAGCAUGGCACUGUUUGAUUGUACAUUAAAUACAGUUGAAAACACAUACUAUAA